AUGGGUGUGGAGGACGUGGUACAGGGUAUAGUCGUCAUGGAUGUGGAGGACGUGGUACAGGACUGGCCACCAGGCCCUAAGGUUAACAUUGUUGUUACCCGCCUAGACUGGCCACCAGACCCUAAGGUUUACAUUGUUGUUACCCGCCUAGACUGGCCACCAGAUCCUAAGGUUUACGUUGUUGUUACCCGCCUAGACUGGCCACCAGAUCCUAAGGUUAACAUUGUUGUUACCCGCCUAGACUGGCCACCAGACCCUAAGGUUUACAUUGUUGUUACCCGCCUAGACUGGCCACCAGACCCUAAGGUUAACGUUGCUGUUACCCGCCUAGACUGGCCACCAGAUCCUAAGGUUUACAUUGUUGUUACCCGCCUAGACUGGCCACCAGAUCCUAAGGUUUACGUUGUUGUUACCCGCCUAGACUGGCCACCAGAUCCUAAGGUUUACGUUGUUGUUACCCGCCUAGACUGGCCACCAGAUCCUAAGGUUUACGUUGUUGUUACCCGCCUAGACUGGCCACCAGACCCUAAGGUUUACAUUGUUGUUACCCGCCUAGACUGGCCACCAGAUCCUAAGGUUUACAUUGUUGUUACCCGCCUAGACUGGCCACCAGACCCUAAGGUUUACGUUGUUGUUACCCGCCUAGACUGGCCACCAGACCCUAAGGUUUACGUUGUUGUUACCCGCCUAGACUGGCCACCAGACCCUAAGGUUUACGUUGUUGUUACCCGCCUAGACUGGCCACCAGACCCUAAGGUUUACGUUGUUGUUACCCGCCUAGACUGGCCACCAGAUCCUAAGGUUUACAUUGUUGUUACCCGCCUAGACUGGCCACCAGAUCCUAAGGUUAACAUUGUUGUUACCCGCCUAGACUGGCCACCAGAUCCUAAGGUUUACAUUGUUGUUACCCGCCUAGACUGGCCACCAGACCCUAAGGUUUACGUUGUUGUUACCCGCCUAGACUGGCCACCAGAUCCUAAGGUUUACGUUGUUGUUACCCGCCUAGACUGGCCACCAGAUCCUAAGGUUUACAUUGUUGUUACCCGCCUAGACUGGCCACCAGAUCCUAAGGUUUACAUUGUUGUUACCCGCCUAGACUGGCCACCAGACCCUAAGGUUUACAUUGUUGUUACCCGCCUAGACUGGCCACCAGACCCUAAGGUUUACGUUGUUGUUACCCGCCUAGACUGGCCACCAGACCCUAAGGUUUACGUUGUUGUUACCCGCCUAGACUGGCCACCAGACCCUAAGGUUUACGUUGUUGUUACCCGCCUAGACUGGCCACCAGAUCCUAAGGUUUACAUUGUUGUUACCCGCCUAGACUGGCCACCAGAUCCUAAGGUUAACAUUGUUGUUACCCGCCUAGACUGGCCACCAGAUCCUAAGGUUUACAUUGUUGUUACCCGCCUAGACUGGCCACCAGACCCUAAGGUUUACGUUGUUGUUACCCGCCUAGACUGGCCACCAGAUCAUAAGGUUUACAUUGUUGUUACCCGCCUAGACUGGCCACCAGACCCUAAGGUUUACGUUGUUGUUACCCGCCUAGACUGGCCACCAGAUCCUAAGGUUUACGUUGUUGUUACCCGCCUAGACUGGCCACCAGAUCCUAAAGUUUACGUUGUUGUUACCCGCCUAGACUGGCCACCAGAUCCUAAGGUUUACGUUGUUGUUACCCGCCUAGACUGGCCACCAGAUCCUAAGGUUUACGUUGUUGUUACCCGCCUAGACUGGCCACCAGACCCUAAGGUUUACAUUGUUGUUACCCGCCUAGACUGGCCACCAGAUCAUAAGGUUUACGUUGUUGUUACCCGCCUAGACUGGCCACCAGAUCCUAAGGUUUACAUUGUUGUUACCCGCCUAGACUGGCCACCAGAUCCUAAGGUUUACAUUGUUGUUACCCGCCUAGACUGGCCACCAGAUCCUAAGGUUUACGUUGUUGUUACCCGCCUAGACUGGCCACCAGACCCUAAGGUUUACGUUGUUGUUACCCGCCUAGACUGGCCACCAGAUCCUAAGGUUUACAUUGUUGUUACCCGCCUAGACUGGCCACCAGAUCCUAAGGUUUACGUUGUUGUUACCCGCCUAGACUGGCCACCAGACCCUAAGGUUUACGUUGUUGUUACCCGCCUAGACUGGCCACCAGAUCCUAAGGUUUACAUUGUUGUUACCCGCCUAGACUGGCCACCAGAUCCUAAGGUUUACGUUGUUGUUACCCGCCUAGACUGGCCACCAGACCCUAAGGUUUACGUUGUUGUUACCCGCCUAGACUGGCCACCAGAUCCUAAGGUUUACGUUGUUGUUACCCGCCUAGACUGGCCACCAGAUCCUAAGGUUUACGUUGUUGUUACCCGCCUAGACUGGCCACCAGACCCUAAGGUUUACAUUGUUGUUACCCGCCUAGACUGGCCACCAGAUCCUAAGGUUUACAUUGUUGUUACCCGCCUAGACUGGCCACCAGACCCUAAGGUUUACAUUGUUGUUACCCGCCUAGACUGGCCACCAGAUCCUAAGGUUUACAUUGUUGUUACCCGCCUAGACUGGCCACCAGACCCUAAGGUUUACGUUGUUGUUACCCGCCUAGACUGGCCACCAGAUCCUAAGGUUUACGUUGUUGUUACCCGCCUAGACUGGCCACCAGAUCCUAAGGUUUACGUUGUUGUUUCCCGCCUAGACUGGCCACCAGACCCUAAGGUUUACGUUGUUGUUACCCGCCUAGACUGGCCACCAGAUCCUAAGGUUUACGUUGUUGUUACCCGCCUAGACUGGCCACCAGACCCUAAGGUUUACGUUGUUGUUACCCGCCUAGACUGGCCACCAGAUCCUAAGGUUUACGUUGUUGUUACCCGCCUAGACUGGCCACCAGAUCCUAAGGUUUACGUUGUUGUUACCCGCCUAGACUAG